GUUGGCUGGUUUCUGUUGGUUGCUUUCUGUUGGCCCAAACGAUAACGGGCUCAGUCAGUGCAGCGGCGACUCUUGAACGCAACAACAAUAAUAAUAACGAGAAAAAGAAAAACAAGAAGGGGAGCAGCAUCUACAACAUCCAAUUUGGCAGCCACAUAUAUCCCAAGGAGCCUUGUAUUGCCACCUCGACCAGCAAAAAGCCGCCAAAAUGCUUCCGUUCCGACGUGGAGCGGUGUGGCAAACACUCUUCCUCCUCUGCGCACUUGCCUAUUGCAUUAAUGAGGCCAGCAGCGAGGGUCGCGUCGUCUGUUACUAUACAAACUGGAGUGUCUACCGUCCAGGAACGGCAAAAUUCAAUCCGCAGAACAUCAAUCCAUACCUGUGUACACAUCUGGUGUACGCAUUCGGUGGAUUCACGAAGGACAACCAGAUGAAGCCCUUCGACAAGUACCAGGACAUCGAGCAGGGUGGCUAUGCCAAGUUCACCGGACUGAAGACCUACAACAAGCAGCUGAAGACUAUGAUUGCCAUAGGAGGCUGGAACGAGGCCAGUUCUCGCUUCUCCCCCCUGGUUGCAAGUCCGGAUCGUCGCCAGCAGUUCAUCAAAAACAUCCUGAAGUUUUUGCGCCAGAACCACUUCGACGGUAUCGACCUGGACUGGGAGUACCCCGCCCACCGCGAAGGCGGCAAGUCCCGGGACCGCGACAACUACGCCCAGUUCGUCCAGGAGCUUCGAGCCGAAUUUGAGCGGGAGGCGGAGAAGACCGGCAGGACGCGUCUCCUCCUGACCAUGGCUGUGCCCGCCGGCAUAGAAUACAUAGACAAAGGCUACGAUGUGCCUAAGUUGAACAAGUAUCUCGACUGGUUUAACGUUCUCACUUAUGAUUUUCACUCCUCCCACGAGCCCUCUGUCAACCACCAUGCUCCUUUGUAUUCACUGGAGGAGGACUCCGAGUACAACUAUGAUGCAGAGCUGAAUAUUGACUACUCAAUCAAGUACUACCUAAAAGCUGGAGCAGACAGAGACAAGCUGGUGUUGGGAAUUCCCACCUAUGGUCGAUCUUAUACCCUGAUCAACGAGGAGAGUACCGAGCUGGGCGCUCCUUCUGAGGGUCCGGGAGAGCAAGGAGACGCCACCCGCGAAAAGGGAUACCUGGCCUAUUAUGAAAUCUGUCAGACGUUGAAAGACGAUCCCGAGUGGACGGUGGUGCAACCAAACGCCAAUGUUAUGGGUCCCUACGCCUUCAGAAGGAACCAGUGGGUGGGCUACGAUGACGAGGCUAUUGUGCGCAAGAAGGCUGAAUAUGUGGUGGCCCAAGGCCUAGGCGGAAUCAUGUUCUGGGCAAUUGACAACGAUGAUUUCCGGGGAACCUGUAAUGGAAAACCAUACCCCCUGAUUGAGGCAGCCAAAGAGGCUAUGGUGGACGCUCUGGGUCUCGGCAUCAACGAGGUGGCCAAGCCGAGUAGUCUCCAAAAACCAUCGCGUUCCCGUAGCCGCGAUAAUGGAAGCACUAGAAAUCGCCUGAAUGGAAAAUCAGAGGCGACCUCGACGUCCGUGCGACCCUCUGUAACCCGACGACCCGUUGUCACCAGAACCACUCAGGCCCCUCCUCCAAGCACAACUUUCAAGCUGACUGAUGCCGAGGGCUCGUCUCUCUACAUAGGAGGUAGGGCGUCCACCACUCCGCCUCCGCCCACUACCCCGGACCCAGGCUCGGACUUCAAGUGCGAGGAAGAGGGCUUCUUCCAGCACCCUAGGGACUGCAAGAAGUACUACUGGUGCUUAGACAGCGGUCCUUCUGGCCUAGGAAUCGUGGCCCAUAUGUUCACCUGCCCGUCGGGACUAUAUUUUAAUCCUGCAGCUGAUUCUUGUGACUUUGCCAGGAAUGUACCCUGCAAGACGAAAAAAUCGACCACAGUCACUCCUGUGACCUCCACCACCACGACCACCACGGUUCGUUCCAAUCGCGUGACAGCGGCUCCGACCGCUCGUCCUGUGCAUCCACGUCCCAGCACCACCAGCACUACGACCACUACAACAACUCCGGAGCCCGUGGAAGAUCUGGAGUACGAGGAGGACACUGAUGAACAGUCGCCUAACAAGUCCACCGACGGAGAAGAGGAUCCUCAGGUAAUCAAGGAACUGAUCGAUCUGAUACGCAAAGUGGGUGGAGUGGAGCAAUUGGAAAAGCACCUCCUGCGCAACAAGGACGGCUCCAUUACACUUAAGGAGAACUCCGCUAACGGGGCUGCCACCACGCCCUCGACGAUCAGCAAAUCCUUGUAUGACCGAGUGCUUAGUCGCCCCGGAACUUUGAGCUCAUUCACACGCAACCGCUUGAAAAUUGCCGAAGCCUCUGUGUCGAGCACUGAAGCAACAACAAGCACCAGUGCGUCUGCCGGCAACAGCUACUCGAAGUACUCCUCCGUUUUGAGAGGCAACAGUCGCCAGGGACCCCAAAACGAGGGAAUCGAGAAGCUGGCUGAGUUCGAUGGUUUUCUUAAAGAACGCAAGCAAUAUGUAACCAUCAAUCGCCAGCGGUCACCCAAUCAGGGCGAAGCUGAGGAACACAGCCAACAGGAGGAAGAGGACGAUCAGAACGAUCAGGUGGAGACAAGUACUCGUCGUGCCCUGAGCGCCAUAACCCCGUCGUAUACUAGUCUUCGACGGACAAGACCCACCACAGUGGCACCACCUGCAGGAGAGUCCUUCCAUCAGGAGGAGGAGGAAGACGAGGUGGUGGAGAAGAAGGUUCCGCAGCAGGUCAAAUCCUAUGCUACCUUAAGCCGUACAAGAGAACGCACCACCACAGCACCUCUAGUGACGGAAGUCACCGAAACAGUCCCUAGUUCAACGACCAAUCGUUACAAAUACUUCGAGCGGACCCGACCCACAAAAGCGGGGACUUUGGAAGCUUCCAAGGAUGAGGAAGAUCCAGCUGACCAAGAAGACGAGGAGGAGGUGUACGAGGAGGAGAAUAUUACGGUACAAAGAAAACAAAGCACAAACACACGUAAAUAUGCGAGCAUAGGCCGCAGAAGUACAACCACAGCUACACCCGAAACAACAACCACCUCAGGCACAGAGACCGCCAAGGCCAACAACAACAACAUCCACUACAAUAGCAACAACAACAACAACAACAACAACCAAGUGAAACAGAAUAACAUAAUACCAACAACAGUAACAGAUGAAAGCAGCACCACAGCACUCCCUACACCAACCAGCACCAAUCCCGAAGAGCCCGAAACAACCACAGCAACAAAAACUAACGAAACCACUGAACCAAAUGAUAGAAUCUCAACCACAACAACCACUAACAACCCAUCUACCACAACCACACCCACACCCACACCAAGUCUAGCAUCCACUACCCCAACAACAAACAUCCCUAGCGCCGAUUCCGAAAGUUCGGGCGACGCUUCGCCCACCCCCCUUAUCACCGACUCCCCUGACUUAGCACUUCCAACAACCACCACGGAACCCGAACUGGCCACGGCAACGACAACCACACCGAAGACAACAACAACAGCAACAAUUACGUCCGCAGGGAUCCACAGUGAACUGAAUAACGACAUUGACAACGACAGCGAUGACAGUGAGGUAACAAAACCCAAGACACAGUACAAGUAUGCCACCACCAAUCGAAGACGCAUAACAACAACAACAGCAACGACAACCACAAACAAAACUGCAAGCAACAACAAUUCAGAAGCUGCGAACGAUGCUAGUCCACGAAACGGUUUGAGUAGUUUAAAUAACAUUAGAGCCUCCACAAAUACCCACCCGGGCAGAAGGCAAUCCCAAACCCAACCCGAGCAUACAACCAUACAACCGAGUUCUCCCUCUGCCAGCCUGAGCAGUGUUUCUAGUCCCCGACCCUUUGGGUAUCCCCGUCGUCGCACACGACCUAGUAGUAGCACCCCCACCACCACCACUUACCAAUCUGAUAACGAUAACAAUAACAGUACCUAUAACGAUAAUACAAACGAAACCGAUGCCGUUGCAAGUGUAGUGAAGAAGACGCGACCAUCCCCAGGGGAUAGGCCCAAGGUGAGUGCCAGUCUUCCAACAGCAAACAGAUCCACAACCACCACACUGCACAACCUCCACCACCAAGAUCAACUAGAAUCCCACGUAGAAGUAGCUGGUAAUGGUGGCAAUAGCUUAAGGCAUGAAGUAGUUAGCUCUAGUUUAAGUCAAACCCCAAACCAUAUCGAUGAUCCCGAUAAUGGCAGCCUUACCCAGACCAAGACUAAGUACACGUGGCGGGCGGUGCGAAGACCGACCCAGCGUCCCCGCAAUUCUCUGGCGGGGGAUGAUAAAGACUCGCGCCGUUUUGCUGGCAAGCAGUUGAACUCCGACAUACCAUUGGAGCAGGACCUUUCCAGUACCACAAAGUUUCGCAGUCGUCGCCUUAACUCUGCCGAAGACGAGUCUGAGGUGGCUCACGCUACUGCCGGAAUCGUCCAUAGUACCCGCAGCUUCCAAAGCACCUACCGAGGCGAUCAGUCAAGUAGCCUGAAUGUUGAUGCCUCGGCCGAAGAUGAAAAUAUAGCCGCGGAGGUUAUUGACAACGAGAAAAGGGGAGAAACCAAAGCCCCAGCUGGCAGUGGAAAUUCCGAUGAUAGCAAUACAGCUACCGAGCAAGAAUCGCCUGAAUCUGUCACAGAAUUACCGCUUCCGGCAGAGGCUCUUGAAGUAUCUGAAAUAACCACUCUGAGUCCUCUUGAAGAAUCAGGAAUAGAAAGUUCUUCCGAACCGGUAAACAUCAGUAACACCUCAACAUCCGAAGAAUCUAUCAGCAGAAUAAGUGAGAUAAAUCGCGUGUCUUCGAUUGAAGAAAGCACAGUAACCCCCAAGGGAGAUAAGACACCCAUCACUGAACCUCCAGCGAUCAGUAUUGAAUCACUGCCAGUCACAGAAAAUACCCUAACAACCGCAGCAAAGCCAAGUGAUUUUCACCUAUUUAGUUCAAUAACCACAGAACCCAACCCCACAGAGGAAACAACCACAACUAGUGGCGCUCCGAGACGUCGAGUAGUUUUAAGGACUAGAGUCAGAAGCACUGAAAAGCCCAGUAGCACCACUGAAGCAAUAUCUGUUGAAGAAUCAACCGUAAAAGAAAUUAAAAGGCGAAAAUUCUUUACAGAAAGCACAACGAAAGUCGCUACAGAAGAAAGAAGUACCCCUGCUGCCGUAAAUGAAGAAGAACUUACAUCUACUGAACGCUCUUUCGUUAAAGUUAGCAGCACGGAAGAUUCAACUGGGAAAAGCUUCAGCAACGCUGAUAAAACUCUUGGCAGUUCUAGUCUAGAUCUUAGCGAUGAUGGCCCAUCAACCGAGGCCUCAAAACGUCUCUCUUUUAUGAGACAUGGCAUCCCUGAAUAUUUAAUUAAAGAAACCAUUAGUAGCUCUACUGAAGCGGAAAUUCCUACGGAUACCACAACUGAAAAUGCACCAACACGAAGUUCAUUCUUUAGCAGUACCCCCACUGAAGCUCCAAAAUCCAAUGUAACCGAAGAAACCACCUCAGCUAGCGAUGAACUUGAACCAAAGAUACCAGAUCCUGCCACUACAGAACGUUCGUUUUUCCGUAACAAGGCGUCGAACACCACGGGUGUAAUCAGCACCACCAGUAGACCUCUCUUUCGCAGCAGAAGUACUGAAGCUUCAGUUAUAUCUUCUACAGAAGAGAAAAACGAAGUUGAGACAUCAACGAUUCUUCCUCGUCGUCGCGUUAUAGUUCGAGGUAAAUACAGACCUCGUCAAGAGGGAGAUCUUUCUUCUCUCCUGGCUGCGGAUGCAAACAAAAGGGUCCGAAACCAUCAGCAGAGCACCACUGAAGCACCUUUGGAUGUUAAAAAGUCUCCAAGAAAAGAACUUGAAGAAACGGAAUUUCUUUCGAAGUCGAAACAGCCAGAAGAGCCGAAACCGUUGCAGAAUUCAAAUACUGGUAAUCGAUCCUCGUUUAAUACGCUUCGCAACCGCACCACAACUAAAACCGAGAAUCUUGGAAAUGGCAUUACUCGCACACGCACCACUUAUGUGCGAACCCUAGACGCCGGUCAAAAAGUAGUGAAGCGCAUUCACACCAAAACUAUAGAGGAGAAACCCGCUGAAUACGAGUAUAUAGUUGAUGAAGUAACGCGACCGCCGACGCCAAGCACCACGAAGCGAAGUGUGACUCGAAACCGUGGCUCUGUCCGUUUCCAGAGCAACGAUCUGUCUUCUCUUUUGGCUCUAGACUUUGCCUCGCGCAAUCGUCAAAAGGCCCAAACCACUGAGGCAACUGUAACGAAGAUGCGCCGACGUCUGCUGAAAAGACCCAAGGAAACAGUAGAGCACGAGGAAGUGGAGGAAUACGAGUACGAGGCAGGAAACGAGGGGGAAGAGGAUGAGCCAGUAGUGAGCACCACCGCCAGGGCGAUUAUUCAAAGAAGCAGGCCCACCCGACGUAGCACGACCACUUCCACCACAUCUAUUUCCACUGAAGAAGAGAAUAAAAUUGAAGCCAACACUAAGAGGUCCAACUUUACUUUCAGGAGACCAUCUAAAGCGCCAUCCCCAACCACUGAAACUAGUAUAGAAAACGCUUCCACGGAAUCCAACACAAAGCGAAUUGUAGGCUAUAGAAGACCUUUGAGUACCACAACCACCACCUCCCCGACUAUCGUUCCUGAAACGGCUGACGACGAGGCCCCAGAUGACCAAUUAGCAGCAGCAAAGUUAAGAUUUGUGAAUCGACUUAAAACUAGCUCCACAUCCACUACUACUGAAUCAACAACCGUAAUCUCCAGCACCACUGAAGUAGAUUUAAGCAAUCUUAAAGACCAGUUGACGAAAGCUAUUAACCGCCUGCAGUCGGGGAAUACAGUUGAAAACGGGGCCUCAGUCAAAGAAGCUGCAGUGACCGCCGACGAUAGCGAUGAUAAGCUUUCCCUUCCCAUAUAUCACAGAAGGAAGUACUACCAGUAUGUGAAGGACUCUCCAAUCACUUACAUUGACAAGUCCCCAGCUCCACCGGACAUCGAAAAUGUGACUGUGAAUAUAAAACAGCAGAUACAUGAUGUGUUCAAUGUCAGUGGUAACGAGACACCAAACAAUUCGCUUGAGAGCGAGGGUGACAACGAAGAUCAUCGCCUCGCAAUGGAACAGGCCAAAGAAAUCAAUGCCGAGCUCGGUCAUUUUUUAUUGAAAACCCCCGGGUCAAAGUAGCCGUUACAUAGACAAGGAAAAACCUUCAAAACAAUCCCUUUAGAUACUGAAUCAACUAAUGGAACUUCUAAGAUUGUGAGUAUUUCGCUUCUAGAAGAAAAAGAAAGAGACGAUUCAGAUGCAAGGGCGCUGCGCACCUACACAAGACUGAAUCGCACUCGCGUGACACUAUCCACCAAGCUGCCGGAAAGAGCCCAAGAAGAGGCACUGGAUAUUACCACUCGAAGAAGCUACAGCGUUUCUCAACGAUUCCGCAGUCGCUCUACAACGUCAAUCCCUUCCACAACAGAAGAACUUGAAGAGGACCAGGACCAGACUAAGAUAGAGUCCACAACGAGACGAGUUUUUGCUGGGCAGAAUCGAUUUAAGGGUCGUGUUAGCAACAGCACCCCUACCACUAAAGCAACAAGUAAUUCCCCAACUGAGACUACAACAGCGUUUACGGUAAGAAGCACCAGACAACCUUAUGUGGGCAUCAGUCGUAGAGUGACUUCCACAACAACAACCACGACAGAAAAGACUGAAGCAGAAAACAAUGAAAAUGAACCUGCGGAAUUUACCACAUUAGCCCCAGUCCCUGAGGAAAAAGGAGAGGCGGAAAAUCAAACGGAUCACCCCCCGGAGGAGCACAAUGAACCCCAAGAAUUUGAGGGCACAACUGAAGAAGGUGAACUAGAGGCUCACAUCGAUGAUUACAAUGAGAUUUCUCUUGAAGAUGUUAAACCAACCUCAACGUCAAAGACACCGACGACCACUCCAAAAAGCACAACCUCACGUCGCCAGCUGGUGAUUCGUCGGCGCAUUAAUGCGACAACAGCAACAACAACCACUAACCCAGAGGAAAAUCUGGAUAAUGAGAUUGAUCAAGAUGAUAAUAAGAGCUCAACAAUAAAAGUCCCAACAACAAAUGCUCCAUCGAGACGGCAGCUUUUGAUACGCCGACGCUUCAAUACCACCUCUGCAUCAACAACAAAGGGUCCAAGUGCUGACCAUGAAAUAGAUCAAGGUGAGGUAAUACCAAGCAGCACACGGCGACCGUAUUUGUCACGUCAACGCACAACAACAACCGCUUCAGAGGUACCGAACAGCGUAGAAAUUACCACCACACGUCGUCCCUACUCGGCCUUGAACCGUUCACGUAGUCGAUUCACGACCCCACGAGCUAUAGCUUCCAUUGGGGAAGAAGAUAGUGAUAUAAAUGUUGACGUCGAAAACGAAGAAGAACGCGUGGUACUGCCCCGGCCCGGCUUCCAUCAAACCAACCGCCAUCGAGCUCUGCAACCCACAGCAGAUGACGAGACAUCUUCUCGGAAGCCACCCAGCUUUGCAAGUCGUCGCACCACACCGACACCACUCAGAGUCAGCUCGAGUACGCGUCGCAACUUAGUGGCCAUAAACAGGAAUCUGUACCACCGACAGGAGGAAGACGAGGACGAGGAAGAGGAGGAGGACGAAGAGCAACAGCAGGAUGCGGAAGAGGCCGACGAAUAUGAUGAGGAAGGGGAACCGGAAAGCCACAGUCGACCAACAUCAAGCUCUAGAUUGGGUCAACUUCUUGCCAGCAGACAAAGACAACCACUCAGGACGCCUAUCACCCAAAGACCCAAUGACAUAUCCAACAAGCCACAAGAAACUGACUCGGACGAAACCGAUAACGAAUACGACCAUGACGAAGAAGAGGAGGAUGACUCCUCGGAGGUAUAUGAUGGUAGCAAUAAUCAGGCCGACGUUACUGCAAAAACUACCACUAACACUAACACUAACUCUAUCACUAGUACUAACCCUAACAGCACCAAUAACUUAAGCACUGCACUGAAUGUAGCUAGUCAACGUAGUAACAGCACCGUAGCGAAUUAUUUGAUUAAUCGUUUCAAGUCAAACCGAAGUUUCACAAACACCUACAAAUCUAAUAUUAAGCCAGCUAGUCAAGGCGUUGAAGAUGAUGUUAAUAAUGAUAAUAAUAACGAAGAUGAUGAUGAUGUUAGCUUAGAGAAGCAGGGGGAGAAUGCGUUAGGAAAUGACGUUAAUUUUAAACGACGCUUUCAGAACCGUUAUCAACUGAACCGCACCAGAAGCAGCGGCACCAGCACAACCUCCAGCACCACCACUCAAGCACCUUCCUCGACCAACGCCAGACGUUUGGCCUUCGGGGCUCGCCAGCGCGCCCAGGUAACUAAACUAACCCUAGUCGAUCAGCAGACUGACGAGACGGAGGCCAAGGGCAAGCCCGGCCUGGCAGAAGAUACUCGAGAAGAUCAGGACGAAGAGGCUAGCGAGGACGAAGCUGCCGAAACGACAACCACCACAACUAGCAGGCCGACGCCGAAGCGCAUUCGAGUGCUCAAAUUCCGCAGGCCCCUAAACAGUAGCAAUAACAAUAGCACUGCCUUAGAUAGUCUUCCUAAUAGCGUCACUGACACUAAUUCUCCACAUACAUCCGACACAGCCACAGUCACCUCUCCACCCACAGACACAUCCACAACCACAACCACCGGCACAAAACGAUUCCGGAAAGUAGUUCGAAAACUGAGGCCCGUGAGCUCCAGCACGCUCUCCAGUGCGGCGGAGACGAAUGCCGAGGAAACCACCCGCAAACCAUUCAUUCCCAGUAAUCGAUUAAGGACUCAGACUCAGAGGGAACAGGACCACGAGGUCUCAGAUCUGCAGAGGCUGAGGGAUAAGGUUAAGGCCGAACAAGCUCGUGGCGAAGGGGACCAGGGGGUAAUCAAUGAACGUCUGAAGAAACUGCUCGCCGAGAAGUCGGAAAAACCGCGUCAGGAGUUGCCAGGAGAAAAAGAAGAGGAUGCGGCUUUAGGGCCUACUUCGCCCCGACCCUUCUUUAAGCGAAAAUUGGUAGCUAGACGGCCCUACUCUCCACCGUCGGGAAGUGGGUCAGUGGGGACCACUAAGGCUCCAAUUAACUUCAGCACCACCCGGCCCACGGCCAAAUUCGUGCGGCGCAAGAAUGGCCGAUUCGACCCCUUCAACUCGAACGUUCGUCAGCGCGGCGAGGGCUUUGUUCGAAGCGACCCUCGAGGAGCUAGGCUGCCCGGCACAGACCGAUUCAAGUCCCAGAGCGGUGAUCAGGACAACGAGGUCGAUGACCAUGAGGAGGAGCUGGAGGCGCAACACGAACAACCUCUGCAAAACCAACUGGGUGGCGGCGUUUUGAGAAAACCUUUUGUGCCCAAGGGAAAGCCACCCGGCAAGCAACAGGCUCAUGAAAACAACAACGAAAACAGCGAGGAAGAAGAAGACGAUGACGAGGAAGAUGAUUCGGAGGAGGAGGAAGAGGAUGAAGAGGAAGAUGAGCCUCAGGAGAAGCCCUCCAUUGGAGAAGAAGAAAAUCCCAAGCAGGACAGCACAACUAAGCCCAAAUUCAAUUCACCUUACAAGCCCAAGGACAAUCGUGCUCCACCUGGAAGUAGACCUACCUUUGGAGUCACUGGAAGUGGGGCCACAGGGCCCUCAGGUACCGGCGGCGGAAAUGUCCCAUUCAACCCGCGAAAUCGCCCAUCGUCCAGCACCACAAUUGCCAACGGAGCGGCCAAUCGCUUCGGUACCACGAAGCGACCUCGGGUGGUUAACAGACCGCCAGGAGUGGCUUCCCCCAACCUGACCCUCAAGCCGGUGGCAAGCGACUACGAGCGUACCACCCCCCUGACGCCCCUCAAACCGGCUCCAUUCAUUCCUAGCAAUACAAGGAGUUAUGAGCGAAAGUAUAACGGGCCAUCGACCGAGGCAGCCGAAACGGCCAGCGAGAACUCACUGAUUGAAGAUUUGAAUAUCGACGCACUGAAUGCCAGAAACAAGAAGAUAUUUGACAUACAUAGCAAGAAGCACACCACGUUUAAGCAAAAGGUCCAAAGGCCAGAGAAUGGGGCUGAGGUUGGGGCCGGAUCCGAAUCGGAAUUGGAAGUGGAGAGCGAAACAGAGGUGGCCGCGGUGGCAGAUGAGGAAACCACUGAAGAGCAGGGCUUUGUGACCACUACACCCAGUACACCAGAACCUCAACCACCAGCACCACCCAGCACCACACAAUCAGACACACAGGCAAACCCAGUCACCACUAUUACACCAGAAACUGAAACUGAAACUGAAACCGAAACUGAACCCGUAACAGAAACAAAAAUAGAAACAGCCACCGAAACAGAAACUGAAACAGCGACCAAUGCUAAUGAAGCCACUUCCAUCAAUUCACAGGACCUCCCCAGUUUGCCGCAGUUUGGAUCGUCGUCGAGCACCACCCAGGCUCCGCCGCCGGCCACCACUCUUCUACAUGUGUUCACCCUGCUGGAGGGCGAAUCGGAGGAUGAGGUGCAGACCACAACAAGGAAGCCAAUACCCCUCUUGCUGCCCACCAGGCAGAUCGAGGUAGUGCCAAAGCACAAGUUUAUUGAGAUUAAUCGCAUCGUCGAGAUCAAUUCUAAGCAGGCCAAGGCCUCUCAGCGCAAGUCGAAGGCUAACCAGGACUUUGGCAUCCUGCGUGUAGAGUCCCUUCCCCACGUGGAGCAGCUUGGCGAAAUUAGUGUGGUGAAGUACGUGCACCUGGUGGACGGCAGCGAUAUUCAAAUCAAUGAUGGCCACAGCACGGUGGCGGACUAUACGCCCACGGAACCUACGCUUGCCGAGGCGCGCAACUCGCCACCUGUGAGGAAUACCUUACCAGAACUGCCGGAUCAGGACAGGAGCGGAAAAUCCUUACUGCCCGAAGUCAUAAGUGGUGCGUUGGAGACCUCAACUAUUUCUCUGGAGGGUUUGUUUGAUUCGGCGCGAAAAGGCAAGCAGCUAAAUGGAAAUAGCUUGUUGAGCGAUGACGGAGUAGAGGGAAUAACCACAAGCAGUCCGGAAAUCAACAUCGACCUUAAUACCAGCACCACCAAUACCCUGGCAACUGUGUCGCCUGCUUAUCUGCGCCAACCGACGACUGCCAGCGUCUCUCGCCGUCCGGUCUUGAGUGUGCGCCGUCGCAUUAUUAACUCGCCUGCGUCGGCGCUGGCUGCUACUUCGACGGCGGCGGAGGCUACAAGAACGCCGAUUGCUGAACUGCCAGUUACGACCUCAAAAUACAGCCGGCUGCGCAGCAAGCUGCCUACAGCAGUCACCACUGUCGCGUCAGAAGCAGCAACAACCAACCUGCCGGCAGCAACAUCAUCCACCAGCAGCAACACCUACCUAAGCAAGCUUAAAGCAAAGGCAGCUGCCGCAGCCACAUCCAGCGAAGCAGCGACGCUGACGCCAAUUUCGGGCAGCGGCAGCAAUGACGUCACACAAAAACAACACAAGUUCCAGCCCGCUAGCUUUGCGCUGCGCCGCCAAUUCCAGACGCGUCGGUUGACAACUUUUGCCCCACCAACAAACGCCGAUGAAAGCGCAACAGAAAUUCCGCGUACCCAGAAUCCGCUUUUCAAACGCCGUUUGACUCUGAUUUCGACCCCGCCUCCGCCCUCCGCCCGCACGACCAACCUACCCCCCGCCCAGGACACCACCACUAGCUUUUAUCCAAACGAUGACGAUGAGGAUCAGGUGGCCAAAUCAAGCAUUCACACGAGUCGCUUCAAUCAGAUACCCGACCAGGUGAAACAUCGUGCCAACUUUGACAUCUCACUAUUGGACAGCAGCACCAACACUACCACACAAGCACCCCAGGCUCAACCACAGGCCGGAAUAAACGCUGGAAUUCGCCGCCAGCUAAUACCGCGCCCCCGUCGCCCGCAGUCAACAGCGGUCACUGGGACACCCACCACCGUACAGCCCGCUAGAGCCUCUACGUCCUCGAAGAUCGGGCACUCUGCCCCGCCACUCUCCCGCCGCCAGCAGAGCCGCCGUCGCCCGCAUAAGUAUAUCGAGGUGUACAGUCGCCCGCCCAGCAAUCCAGAGGCCGUGGUGACUGCCACGUUCCUUCUCAAGGGAGAGCUGGAGGAUAAGUUGUCGGGGAUGGGAGCGGAAAGCGUCCAGGUAGCGCAACGGCGUCGCAGUGACAACGUAGCAACCACAAAGACGAGUAAGACCCGAAAGAUCAGCACAAAGAAGCCUGGAGAACCUAAGGUCAUUGUCCAUGGGCGUGGGAUCAUCGAGUGUCGGGCGCAAGGAAAUUUUCCGCAUCCGCUUAACUGCCGCAAGUUUAUCUCCUGCGCGAGAUUCGAGGAGACCGGGGGGAUCGUGGGCUGGGAGUACACCUGCCCCAAGGGCUUAACCUACGAUGGGGAGGGAGGCAUGUGCACCUGGUCGCCCGCAGAUCAGGUCUGCAAGGACUAGACUGAUAACACACCAUUCCUCUCCAUAUAUCCGGCCUUGACCCACAUUCCACCUCACCUCUCCUCCACCUUUUGCACCUAUUUCUUCAUCUCAUGUUGUAAAUGUUUAAUUUCCAAUUUGUGAUUAGUUCCCCGAAGACAAGAAAAUGGAGGAUACGGAGUUAAUGAAUUUUAUUUAAGCUUAGUGAUAUUAUUUCCUUUAAAAUUUAAACCAAUCCAUCAAAUCGAGUUCAACCCGAUUCAGUUUUUUUUGCGCCUGCCAACUCAGCGAGUAAGCAAUAUAUACAGAAAUAUAAAUAUAGAAUAUACCUAUAUGUAUGUGCAUUCGUAAUGAAUAUGCUUCCAUUAUUUAAUAAACAUAUCAUAUAAUCCAA